CAAAAACACCCUUUAACUAAGCUCACUUCAAAGGCUCUGCUCUAUCUCUCGCGCCCAAGAUGACGACGCCUUUUUCCACUCCCAAUCAUCUUUACCCGACUCUGGCGUCAUCGACAGUUCCUCGAGCACCAGUGAUUAACCCGUUUGACAAGUUCCCGCAGUCAGACUUCGACGCGUGGAUUGGCGACAUUACCGGCGCACUGAAACGCGUGCUGGGAUAUGAGGUACCCGAGAAAGAACAUGCUCCUGCUCCUGCUCAAGCUCAAGCCCAAGCCCAAGAUCAGACCAUUGAGAGCGACCGCGAAGAUGAUGUCGUAGAGGAUUCCUUGGCUGAAAUCAAGGCUCGCCGAGAGGCGAAGGGCAAGCAGCGAGCGACAACCCCUGGUGAUGCAGAGCAGCCCAUUGUCAUCGGGUCAGACUCAGAAUACGAGCAUGCAAGCAACAUUUUGGCAUUGGAGCAUGAGUCCGAGGAUUACGAGGAUGAGGAUGAAGUCCAUGAGGAGGAAGAGGGUCAGCCAGAGUCGGAUGAAGACGAGCAGGCAAAUGACUCUGCGGGAGAAGUCAAUGAACUUCUCUCCGACAACGAAGGUGAAAGCGAAGACGAAGAGCUUGCGGCACAGGCUGAAACGAAGGCCUCCGGCAUAUACGAUGAGGACGCGGGAGACGAGGAAGAAGCUUCUGAGGGAGGAUCCGACGAGAUUGCUCUCGCAACGGAGCACAAGCCGGAAAGUGAAGCAGGGGUCGGUUACAGCCAUGCGCACUAUGGCAACCAUGAUGAGAAGAUGACCGUCGAUUUCGAUAUGGAGGAGGAUGAGAAAGACGAUGACUAUUUGGAGGAGGAGAACGAGCAAGCCGAAGAGUUCCCCCCUGCAGCUGAGACAGUUGCCCAGCCCGUAAGCUUGCCCGAUCUUUGGGAUGGCCCACGGAUGUUCGCGGAGGACCUAUAUUCCGGCGGGGAUGUAGUGUUGGACUCGAGUGCUGAGCGCAACCCCCACGUACUCCCUCCGGAAGAGUACGUCAUCGAGCGUGCGGGAAACGAGCCCGAGCCCGAGUGCAAAACAGCGGACCUUUCCUACGCGGAUGUACGCGAAUAUCCCUCAUCACACGGGAUUGCUAUGGACAAAAGCGUGGGUCACGGGGAGGACGCCGCCGUGCAGCACCAUCAAUUCGGCACUACUGAAGCUGCUGUGAAGAAAACAUCAGAACACGUUCAGCUACCAGAUGUGUGGGACGGCGUGCGGACCUACGGCCAAGACUUCUUUACAGGUGGCGACCUACGCGAGAGUGAUUUGCGCACGCGUGUCCCGUCGCCAUCUCAUCUCACCGCAGCAGAUGACGAAAUCAGCAUGUUUCUUACACCUGAGGCACUCACCCCUCAGACAGUGCAGACAUCGGCGGGAGAUUUGCUGCAUCCCUCAGUAGAAGGAAUCCCGUUGUCAAAAGAGCACGAGGAUCGUGUUGACAUAGGGCACAAUGCGGAGACUGAAGAGACACACGCGGUCCAAGAUGAUACGAUCAUCCACAAGCAGUCCAGUAUGAUAGAGGAGCCUUUCUAUGCAAAUUCUGAGGAUUUACAACAAGGCGAAGAACAGCAAGACACUAUACUAACCGAAGAAGACUCGCAGGAUGUUGCUCACGCUGAAUUACGUCAAGGACUGUCAGAAAGUUUGAAGGCAUUGAACGAGAAUCGUAGGUCUCCCUCUCCACCUACUCUCAAUACCCAUGUAGACUGGAGUUGGCCGCCUGCGUUUGUUCACGGCCGUAUCGAAACAGGUCCAGGGCAUUUACAAACUUCAGACACCCGGGAUGAAUCAGAAGUCAUAGAAAUCAGUGAUGACGAAGCAGAAGCCUUGCCUGAAGAAGAGGCUCCCGCCUUCUCCAGCUUUGUUGACCCCAAGGAGACAUCCGAACACGUACAGGAAGGGGAGGCCUCUUCGAAUCAGGUUACUGAGGCUUCUACGCUCGCCAAGGAAUUUGUCGACCAGAUGGAGGAUCUUGCUGAAUUAGGAGAUAUCGGCAGACUUUCGCCUGAGGACAUCCAAGCCAUCUAUGCAGAUCUGGGCUCCUUUCUUACUACGGGACGGGAGCGCCAUUCUGCUCAGGUUAAGGAGGGCAGCAACUAUCGACGACUUGCUGAUAGACGAAGAUGUGGAGGAGGACUAUCGUUUGACGCCUAUACUUGUGAACGCUGGCCCGGAAGUAGCAGAAAGGUUGCAAGUCGCACAACAACCGAAAACCGACGAUGCUGACGAAAUCGAUUCACUCUAUAUUCACCAGAAGACUUC